UGCAGAGGUGGGUGAACGUGGGACCCGGGAGCGGCUCUCACUGCGUGUCGCCCACCAACACCUUCCUCCCCCACCAUCCAUCCCAGCCCCAGUCCCAUCCAGCCCACCUGGGCAAGACAACCCGGGUGCGAAGGACAAGCGAUUACGACGGAAGAGCUAGAACGCGGAGAAGAGGAGAGAGGGUCCUCCUGGAGGAAGGCGCCAGCCCAGUGCCAGGCACGCGGCGCCGCGCAGUGACACAGGUUGAGGACGCUCUUCACGCCGUCCGAUCUGGCCACCUUUCACGACAGCUUCUAAGACGCUCCCAUUUAGCCCUCGGGGAGCUCCCGAAACCAUGACCCAGACCCUCUUCCAGAAGGAAGACCCUCUCAAUCUGGGCGGCGGCUGGUCAUCCUCUGCCCCCUUAGGCACCUGGUCUUCCUGCCGUCGAAGGCGCAGAGGAGCCCCGAUCUACAAACAACGCUACAGCCAAGGCCGCAAGUCCGGGUAUGAGCCCCCGAGGAAAAAGCCCAAGCAGCAGCACGCCCCACGCCCUUGGUUCCAGCCCCCACGACGACCUUGCUGGUACCCUAACUGGGGGAGCUGCGCGGGGCCCUGGCACCCGCCUCCGGCGGGAUUCCGCAAGCCCCCCUGCCCGGUGGAAAUGAUGCAGGUGUACGGUCUGCACCCGCUCUGCGCUUGCUGCUGUUCUUGCUGGUGCGCCCCCUGGAACCCGGGCUGGGUGAGGCGCCCCGGCAGGAAGAAGCGCUGGGGUCGCUGGGGUCGCUGGGGUCCCUGGGGUCCCUGGGGUCGCCGGGGCCGCCUGCGGCGCCCCCCGCGCAGCUCCUUCCGGCGGAGCCCUCCCGUCGACCUGAGCAUGCUGCUGCGGCCGGUCAACCUGUACGGCUGGCGGGCGCCGGGUAUGCGGGCGCCGCGCAACACCACGCAGUUCAUCAUGAACCAGAUCUACCAGGACAUGCGGCAGCAGGAGAAGGAGGAGCGCCGGCAGCGGGCGCAGAGGGCGCAGCAGGCCCGUGCCGGGUCCUCCGGCGACAACGCGCCCCCCAGCGACGGCGAAGAAAAUGCAGAGCUGCCCGAAACCUUUUACAGCUACCUGCAGGAUCCCUCCCUCGUGCUGAGUCCCCCACCCGUGCAGGUAAAAGAAUCUCCUGCCCCGCAGCUGGUGGAAGAGGAGGAAGCGAUGCAAGAGAUAAAGGGGGAGGAGGAGGAGCAGCAGGAGGAAUGCGAGGAGGAGCAGCAGAAGGAAUGCUUGGAGGAGUGUGAUGCAAAGGAGGCGGAGUACCAAGAGAAGGAAUUUGAUGGCGAGGAGGAGAUGGAGGAGGAGGAGGGCGAGACAGAGGAAGAGGAGGUGGAGACCGAGGAAGAGGAAGAGGAGGAGGAGGCAGAGACCGAGGACGAAGAUGUAGAGGAGGAGGAGGUAAAGGAGGCUGACCGAGAGGAAGAGGGGAAGGAGGAGGAAGAGAGGCGGAUGCAAGAGCAAGGGCCCGAGGAAGGGCAGAGAGAGGAAGAAAACCACUUGCCUCUGGAGAUGCCUUUAUCCAUCUUAGUGGGCGCUGAAGAGGAAGAAGAAAAGGACUUUAUGAACUAUACUUACUUAAGCCUAGAUCAGCUGAUUCCGGAUGUGCCACAGGAAGCUCUAUUCAUGAUCCCGGACAUUGACCAUUAGUUAUCUCCAAGGGAACUGAUCUGAAAUUGAAAUGGACUACAGGCUUAUUAAACUCUAGUUUAAAAGUGAGUUCCACUAAUAAACAUAUCUAUGUAAACCCCUGCUUUGGCCAUUAUAAAAAUAUUUAAACAUC